UACUACAAUAAAGGCCAUGUACAUCUGCUCUGGAGCGCCCGGUCCGAGUCUCUCAGCCCUCCCACGGGCAAUUCCGCAGAGAUCCUCGCUCGCUCCUGAUUGGACGAAGACGCGGCGGCGAGGGGCGAGAACAAAACAUCAUUCCGGCUUAAAAAGAGUGCAGCUAUGCGUCGAGGAGCAAAAGCAUCUCUCAGAGGGAGGGAGGCGGACGGCGCGUUUAUAGCUCUGGAUCUCGUUUUGUUGUGCCUUGUCAUCCUCGCUUCAUCAUGCCCAAAGGAUUCCUGGUGAAAAGGAACAAGAAAGCGGCGCUCGUUUCGUACCGGAUACGCUCGGAUGAUGAUGGAGGAUCCGCUCCAGAUUGUCAGAUUGCGCCGAUCGCCGCGUCACCACCCGCUCCCAGCGCCUCCAAGCCGGACAGCAUCACCUCGGCGUUCCCGUCGGACAGAGCAGAGGCCCCGAUGCCGGUGCCGGUGCCGGUCCACAGCGCCAAGCCGGUGCGGUUCGGCAACCCGGAGACGGUAUACCAAGCCCUGUACAGCCCCACCCGGCCCAUCAGCAAGGAGCACGACAGGAAAUAUUUCGAGAGGAGUCUCAACCUCGGCUCGCCCGUCUCUGCCGAGUCGUUCCCUACUCCCGCCUCUCUCACCAGCCUGGACCAUCAUCUUCUGUUCGCGCCAGUCGACUUGAAAAUCGGCACCAGCAACAGUAACCGGAGCGGAACGGCGCCCGUCAUCCGACCCGGCGCCAAAAGACCUUCUGACGCCGCCGAGCGUAAAAGCAGCAAAAGCGUCAAGAAACCCAAAGCCAUACGCAAACUCAACUUCGAGGACGAGGUCACCACAUCCCCGGUGCUGGGCCUGAAAAUCAAAGAGGGGCCCGUGGACCUGAAGCCCCGCACGACCUCGGGCAACACCAACAGGCCCCUGGGGGAGUUCAUCUGCCAGCUUUGCAGAGAAGAAUACUCGGACCCGUUCUCUCUGGCACAGCACAAGUGCUCCCGGAUAGUGCGGGUGGAGUACAGGUGUCCCGAGUGCGAGAAGGUCUUCAGCUGUCCGGCGAACCUGGCCUCCCACCGGCGCUGGCACAAACCGCGCGUGCCAAACGCACCCAAACAAGCCCUCCAGCCCACCAAACCGUUUCCCGAGGCGUUCCCCGGCGACAGAGACUCCCCGAGUCCGGGUCUGUCAGAGUCCGGCUCCGACGACGGGAUCUACGACUGCCAGCACUGCGGGAAGAGGUUCAAGCGCCAAGCCUACCUGAGGAAGCACAUCCUGGGACACCAGGCGCUCCAAAAUCAGCUCCUCGCAGAGGCUUUGCGCACCGCGGAGAGCCCCGACAUCAUGCCCUCGGAGGACAGCCAAAGCCCGGCUCCGCUCAAUCUGAGCCCCGCGGACGGUCUCGGGUGUCCGGCUUGUGGAGAGAAGCUGCCGAACCGGGCGAGUCUGGAGCGACACCUGCGCCUGCUGCACGACGACUCCCAGGCGUUUCCCUGCAAGUUCUGCCCCGCCACUUUCUACAGCUCGCCGGGUCUCACCAGGCACAUCAACAAAUGCCACCCCACCGAAAACAGGCAAGUCAUCCUUCUCCAGAUGCCCGUGCGUAACGCCUGCUGAAGACGAACCCACACCGAUCUGUCCUUUUAGAACGAUCUAUUUUCUUCAUCCAACCCCUCGCUAGAAAAGUCUGGAGAAAUGUAUUAGUUUGGCCCUUACAAAGGUAUUUUUCUAGAACGCUUGCACACAUGGUAAUGUAAUAGCUCCUAGACCUAAGAUAUGUUCCUGUACCUCUGCCUUGAAUUCACAUGCUGUGCGUUUCACGUCUGUAGCUUUAAUCUAGUAUGUGGAUUAUGGGACUGAAAUGUUCUCUCUCUCUCUCUCUUCCUAUUGAAAACUACAUCAACAAAUCUUGAAAAGUUUCCCUUUAGUAGCCAGAAAUGCCUUUAGAGAAAAACAUCAAACUACUGCCUUAAGAACUCUUCAGUGUAAUGACUGUUUCUGAAUGUCGGCACACAAUUACAGCUUACUAUCAUGAUGUAAAAUUAUUGUAAUAUGUUUAUUCGUAAUAUUUUAUUUAUUUAUGUAUUUAUUUAUUUUCAAUGGCUUUGUAUAAAUUAUUGUGUGACUUUUCUCCCAGUCGAAUCGUUGUGUCGAGAUCAUCUUGUCUUGGGUUUUGUGCGCUCUCUUGAAACGUGAAGCUCUUAUAGAUGCAAUCUUUUUCUACGUAUACAGCUUAUUUUCCUAAAUGUUUGCUACCUAGCGCUUUAUAUGUGCGUUCGUGUUGUCAACUCAAAUAAAAUAUUUUCAAAAUGAAAAAGCUUCUUGUAUGCACAUACUUGCCCACAAUCCCACUGUCUACUAUUUAUACAAUAGUUUAUUUGAAUAUCAUAGACAGUUACCAUCGCUUAAUAUGGGAACUGUAAAUGGCAGCGACCUUUCCUUUGGACGCUAAACACAAUAUGAGCACAGUAAUGUAAUUCACUCCAUGCACACGUAAAGGUACCAUCUACAGAUUCAUGCAGUUAACAUAAAUGUGUGAUGUUAAGGACAAAGUGGGGCUUUUUUUGUGCAGUCUACUACUGCAAAGUUAAUGUGCAGCAUGACCAACUGUUAUUGCAGCUACAAGGUGUUUUUCCACAGGUGUCAAAUGCUCGAAUGAUAUAAAGUCAGCUUCUGGCAAUUCACACCUUUUCAGUUUCUAUCCCAGACCCUUUCCAUGCUUUAAAUGGCAGCGGUAUUGAUUUUAAAUUGGUCAGGUCAUUCUGAAGUCACCAUGUAAGCUCUGCUUGAUCGAUGAAUAAUGUAGUUGGCCCACUGUAAAUUCAGCUGAAAGCAUUUAAAGAGUGACAACAGCCUUUGUAAUAAUGUACAAGGGCAUUAACCUGUAAUGCAUUUCAACACAGGCAUUAUUGAUUCUGAGCCAAGUGGGAAACAUUUUUUUUUCUAUCUGUGCCUGGUUUGUACGAUUGACCAUGAAACAUCUUUAAAGCAGCAUCCAAUCCAUCUUGUGCUUUACUCACAUAACAUGUUCCUGAAAGAGUCAAUUUAUCAGUAUAUACAAAUACAAAUAAUAAAUCAAAGAUGUCAUCUGGGUGAAGUUCACUAAAUGAGCAUCUGAUUGUUUAAACUAGAGAAUCCUCUGCACAUUCUUUUCAUGUGUAAAGUUCACGCAUCCCAGCUGUCCUCCGUUUCUCACUAAUGAUUUUACUCUUGAUUCAGUUUAAGCAGAACCGCUAUUUUAUGCAUUUUCAGAGUGCAAUUGGCAAGAAAAGGAAGAAAAAAAUCAUGCAUGUUGUUUUGGUCAGGUUUUGCACACACACAGACACACACUCAGUCAGUCAGUAAUUAAAUGUGAGUGUGCUGGAGGCCACCUGCAUGAGCUGUAGGUGUUGGAGCGUGUGCACCUGUACUCCAGCGAGGGACGCGUCUGUGCUCACGGAGCAGCAGGGGAGACAGAUGGGAGGAGGGUCAGGUUACCCUCAAUAUUCCCUCAGCUCCAGCAACAGACCAACCUCUAACCCCGAGCAUCACUUCCACCCACUCGCUCGAACACACAAUAUGGCCAUGCAUUCUCCCACAAGAGCAGUCACGGAUGGAUUCAGACGCACAGACAGUACAGCAGCACAUCAUCAUACAGUUUCUCCAGGUCAGAAGCAGGAUAGCGGGGGGUCAAAAUCAAUGUCCCAUUUCAUGCAUAAACACAUUUCUUUUGUUGAACUCAGAAGAAAGUAUUUGGACUACAAUGACUUUCAUUUUGUGAUGAAAGACACUCGUACAGGUUUGGAAAUAAGUGUUUGUAUGUAGUGGAAAAAUAGUAAAUACAUUUAAUAGUUAUUCAACAUUUGGGUUAAACUGAAGUGUCUAGUUUAGUUAGUGGAACAGCAUUUUUAACCCCUCUUAUUGCAGUUCACUUAAAGACACUGUCAAAUAAUUUUUUUAAAGUUGUUAAGUAAAUCUUAUUAGAAUAUACUCUACCAGAAAAAUACUAUAUCAACCUUUAUAAUUCAAAAUUUAAUGUUUAACUCAACGUUAUCCAUCAUAAUUUGUAACAUUUUCUAGCAAUUUCAGAGAGAAAACCUUUUCAAAGUGAACCUUGCUCCAAUGAUUUUUUUUUUUUUAUACAAUUGGCGUUUCUUAUUUAUAAAUAGUUUAAAUUACAUCAAAUUGCAGGACA